CCGAACCGAUAUAUAAUGUUAUCGGGCAUCGAUGAGCAGGUACAAUCACAAGCAGCUGGUUCAAAAUUGUCAUUUGAACCUGUGCCUUACUUCACACAACGACGCAGUUUCCACUUGUCGUAGUCGAGAUCACAUUUCUGGAGCCCCAGCCGUCUAGUUAUAGUUCGGGAGUAGGUGGAACAUGUCGAAUACUUCAGUUCGCCCGAUUCCAACGUUAAAGGGCAUCUUUUCGGUGCCGCGCGUCACACAGUCCCGAAACUUCCUCAAGGAAAACAAGGUGAGCCUGCGCUCGCUGGAAAAGUCCACCAGCCAGAAGUUGGCCGCUAAGGAGCCGACGCGCCCGAAAUGGAUGCCCCCGCUGCGACGCUCUUCCUCCGUGAUGGGAGACUCGAAGGCGGAGAAACCAGCAGCUAAGGGCAAAACUAUAAAACAGAACUCGUUGCAAAAUGGCCGCAGCACCUCUCGCUCACAGCACCAACUGGCCGUGGCCGUUCCGGCGGAGGGGGAACGCUUCGAUGGCCUGGAGGAGCGCAAUCCCAUCUUAUAUGACCCGUCGGAGAACUUAGAAUCCGAGAAUCUCCAAGAGCCUUCGUCGGAUACAGACAUUGAUCGCUGUCAAUCGUGUGGCACGAAUCGGAGCUCCACCAGCAUAGCCAUCCAAACUGAGGACAUUACCGACGAACUCUAUCUAACAAAUGCUCUGAAGAAAUGUAACUUUGAUGCCAGAUCUAUACUGGAGGAAUCCGGUGCAAAAUACGGGGAAAACUACAAACCCAUGCAAUAUGAAAACGAGGAAGAUUUGGAACAGUUGCCGCUUUCGGCGCGUUCGAACUCCUCGAAGCAGAGUCGCUUCAACAUGUCCGAAAUGGAGGCUAUGCCCAUGACCGAGGCCGAACCUGCAAACUACGGCGCCUCAGACGACGAGGCUCCACUCAGUGCCCGUAGUCGUUUCACAACGGCCUCCAAUGUCACCACCAUAAGCUCUAAGUCAAAGCGUCGUGAGCAUAAACUAGGAUCCCGAGAUGAGGUGCGCUUGCCGCGUUACCUGGAAAAGCAGAAGCGCGAGAAGGCGGUGGCCAAGCAGCUUGCGGAAUCGCUGGAUCCCGACUGUCCGCGUGGCCAUGUGUUGCUCAGCGAUCAGGACCGACUGACGCACCUCACUAAUGCUAAGAAACGCUACGAACAGCUGGUUAAUGAACUGAACCACAUGCCCAUGACUGCACAGACGUUGAGGGUGCGCAACCGCAAGGCGGAGAUCGACAAGGAGCUGACCACCGUGGAGGAGGACAUCCGCAUAUACUCCAAGGCAAAGGUCUUCGUGCUGGCCAGCAAGUCGCGACAGUUGUGAGAACUCAUGCUACAUAGCUCCCAAAAACAUUAAAGCAUUCCAUCGACUGACUGACCGAGCGAGCUACUGGAAUCUUGGAUUUGCAAAACACGCGUGUUCCUUUCAACCAUGCCUUACGUUAAUAAUAUAUUUUUUAGCUGAGAUUUGGAUCGCAGACCUACCCCGCCCCGAUAGCAUUGUGACCAACUUAACGUGCGAUCCAGUCGACCAGCAACUAGAGUUACAGAUUAAAAACCGCUCAUCCAACUUACCUCCAUACUAUCGUCCACCUGGUUAUUGUUCUUGUCCUCCGUUUCCCUGGGCCGUUGUCGCAAAGUCCCAUCUUCAUCGUGAUGCAACGUUUCCCUUUGGCUCGACUUUGGUUUCCGAGAGUCCUCUGGAUCGAUUUUGUACUCCCUCAUCAAGUACAUGGCCGCAUCCGAAUGUGGCGGCGCCUUUAGGAAGCGAGCUGUCAUGUCCCCGCUGUUGAGACCUUUGAGUGUGUUUAUGCCUCCCGGAUGCUUGUGCAUAAACCUGGACAAAUCGUAAUACUGCUGGCGAUACUUUACUAUGAACUUGUCGUUCGACUCCGCUUCCUUUGGUAUAUCCAUGUCGAUGGGCAUCAAUUUGGCAACUGCAGUGCGAAAAACAAUCGGAUAAGACUUUGCUGUUCCUUUGCGAGCAUGAUACUCUGCCACUGAUUAUCUUUGGAAUUAAUUACUUUGCGUGCCCAGCAGCAACAUGAUGCCAUAUUGUAUCGGACACGCUCAAUUAAAUAUAUAAUUCACCUCCUCUUAGAGUUAUUUUGUACACAGAUCAAAUGUAUCAUCCCCAAAAAACUGAAUUAAAU